AUGGAUUCAGAACCGCAACCACGCCACCCUCUCAAGAGAACCCUAGACCUCACUGUUCUAUCGUUGGAGGACCUCCACGGGGACUGGAGGCACGCCGCUCAUAGACUCUACGUUGUUGUGCAAGCGGAGUCCAUUGCCAGUUACGAAACGGCCACGGCCACGGUAGACGGCGGCAACCCGUCGUGGAACGAGACGGUAGUGGUGGACGUGCCGGUGCACGCGAGGUCCAUCACGCUGGUGGUGAAGUGCAAGAACGCGUCGAGCGUGAAGGACGUUGGGAUCGCGAGGAUAGCGGUAUCCGAUUUCCUCGGCGUGGCGGUGGCGGAGCAGGACCUCCAGGAUCUGAGUUACGGGCUGAGAGAUUGGCAAGGGAAGCGCACUGGGGUGAUUAAGUUUUCUGUUAGGGUUAGGGAACCGGAGAAGGUGCGUUCUUCUUCUGGGGACGCUGUUGAUGGAGUCCUUGUUAAGUGA